GGCUGAUUUUGAUUUUGAGUAAUUGGUGAACGUGCAAGGAAGCAAAUAGGGAAAUGAUAAAUGGAACUGGAUAAUAACAAUUAAAUGUUCUGAGUUAAAAAUGGUUAACCAAUAAGAGAAAGGCAUAAGCCAGCGUUAAGUAAUAUUUAAAUUUAUUUAUCAAAAGAAAUGUAUAUGGCCCCACCCAUCUUUUGGCCCACUGCCCACAAUAUACAGGUGGUCUUCAAAUUACAAAUGGCAAUUAGGGCUGGAACUUCCUUUGCUAAGCAAUGCUGUUGUAAACCACUUUGACAUGUGACUGUAUUGUAUAGCAAUGAUAAUUCUUUUCAGCCCCCAUUGCUGUUGCUAAGUGACCACCUCCUUGCAACUAUCUUCUGGCUUUCAAUGACCAAAGCUGCCACAUGGGAGAGGGUGUGCCUGGUGGUGCGGAUGGCUAGGGAGGCAUGAUGUAAGCACAAUGAUGGCUGCUGCCUAGUGGGAGAGAGUGUAUGAGAAGGUGGGGAAUCAUGGCAACUUGCAACCUUCCUCUGCUGACUUCCCUAUUGACUUUUUUGUGGGAAGCCAGCAGAGAGGGUUGCAAAUAGAAAUCAUGUUACUGCAAACACUGUAACUGUUGUAAGUGCAAACCAGUUGCUCACCUUGUGAUUGUGUGACAGUGGACACUGGAAGCAGGAACUUUGAGGAACAGUCAUAACCACAACUCACUUAGUGCUUAUCUUUGAAUGAUUGACUGGUUCUUAUUCAAUAACUAUUUAUAACAGCGUUCUCCUUGCCAGUAGAUAAUAUCACAGUCUAGAAAGUUCUGCUUCAUUUUCAACCAUUUUAAAUGAUUCAGGUAUUCUAAAACAGGGUAAAAAAGUGAUGUUGUAACUCAUCAAAUUAAUGUAUUUUUGAUUCUCUGUAGGAUGGCUGGUUGUGGUGAACUUGAUCACUCAAUCAACAUGCUUCCAACGAAUAAAAAGGCAAACGAAUCAUGUUCAAAUGCAACACCAUCUCUUAUGGUUCCUGAAUGUGCUAUCUGCCUGCAAGCAUGUGUCCACCCUGUGAGUCUGCCCUGCAAGCACGUCUUCUGCUAUCUGUGUGUAAAAGGAGCUUCCUGGUUGGGAAAGCGGUGUGCGCUCUGUCGGCAGGAGAUUCCAGAGGACUUUCUUGAUAAACCAACUUUGCUAUCACCUGAGGAACUCAAAGCAGCCAGUAGAGGCAAUGGGGAAUAUGCUUGGUAUUAUGAAGGUAGAAAUGGCUGGUGGCAAUAUGAUGAACGUACAAGUAGGGAGUUGGAAGAUGCAUUUUCUAAAGGUAAAAAGAGCACUGAAAUGUUAAUUGCUGGUUUCUUAUAUGUGGCAGAUCUUGAGAACAUGGUUCAGUAUAGGAGAAAUGAGCAUGGACGUCGCAGGAAAAUAAAACGGGACAUAAUAGAUAUUCCAAAGAAGGGAGUGGCUGGGCUUAGGUUGGACUGUGACUCUACUGCUAUCAAUCUAGCAAGAGAGAGCUCUGCAGAUGGUGCAGACAGUAUACCACCGCUAGGUGCUACUGCUGCUGGGCAGCCUCCAGCAACUGUUAGACCCCUUCCUACACUAGAUGGUCAGCUGACAAGUCCUGCAACACCAUCACCUGAGGAAAGUACUCUAGACAACUCUUUUGCCAACUUGCAAAUCAAUGGAGACAGUUUGGUUGAAAGGAGCCAUAGGGGUGAGGGAGAGGAAGACCAUGAAUCACCAUCUUCUGGUAGGAUGAGAGUUAUUGAUACCUCCAUAGAGGAAACAGAAUCGGAUGCUAGCAGUGAUAGUGAGGAUUUGUCUGCCCAAUUUCAGCUGCCAGUACCCUCUGCUCAGCAGAGACAUCUGAAUGGAAAUCAGCCAGCCUUGGAUAGACCAGUGGCAGGCAGUGGGGUGGGAAAUACCACUGUGAGAUCGAGAAGGCCUGAUGGACAGUGCACAAUAACAGAAGUCUAAAUCUAGAGCCAUGGUUUUAAAAUUCAGUCUUAUACCUGUACAUUUUGUCUGUAUUGACAUUGCGCUCCAGCCUAGCAGUCUUAUUUUAAAGUGUUUCCGUAUGAGAAGAAGGGGAAGAAAGGAAACCUGAUCAUCUAACAUUAAAAGCUGUCUCUUGAUUUGUCUGGAACACUGAACAUUUAAAAAUCUGGGCAUGUGUUAAUGGUUUGGAAGCUGUUUAGCAACACUCAGUUUUGUAAAAUGUCUGCUUUUAUUUUGUAGUAUAUACCCCUUUCCAUGUUAAAACCCAUCCUCCUUUUUUUGACAAAUGUAUAUUCACUGUACAACUUGGAACUGUUAUUAUUUGUUGCAUUAAGUAUCUUAAGUAGCUAUCUGCAUGGAUUGAUGUGUGGAAGGAAUAUUAAAACUGGAAAUGAUCAAGAGUUUGGAAAUGUGCAAGAUGCUUAAUUUUAACAUAAAAUAGUUGUGACUCCUAAAAUUCAGAUGUUUUACUAAAGCUGAGAGAUGAAUCAUCCUGAAUGAAAUGUAAAAUAAUUUCUGUUGCAGAGUUUUACUUGUAAAGAAAUCAUUGUGUCUUCAUUGGCUCUCUGUCUAGUCCCUGUAGCUUGUUUGCGUCUUUUUUGUGUCGUUUUUGUUACAAGAUUUAUAAUUUAAUAAACUACAUUUUAUCAACAGUA